AUGCGGGCCUCCAACCUCUUGUCGACCCUGACGGCCUUUGCCGUGCUGGCCUCUCCCGUGCUGGCCCAGAAGAAGGGCUCUUCCUCUUCCUCGAGCUCAGUGUCUUCUGCGUCUUCUGCGUCUUCCGCGUCCUCAUCGCCCACUCAGUCGCCCUCCCAAACCGCCGACGACUCGGGCCCUACUGGACUGCCCACGCUGACCGGCCCAGGCGGCCCUGUUCCGACAUACCCAGCGCCCACCGUUCCGCCCACCAAGAAUGCGCCCUUCAUGAAGCACUCCAGCGCGCCGGACGGCACUGUCUUCAUCGCCGUUGGCGCCAUCCUCGGCGCAUUUGGCCUCGGCGUUCUUCUCUGGCGCGUCAUCGUCAGCUUCCUGCUUCAUCGCUCCGUCCGCCGCGCCGCUCUGGCCCAGCACGAGGCCAACACCAAGACUGGCUUCCCAGCACCGCCCGCGCCCUUCUACAAGUACUCGGACCACGCCUCUCCCGCUGCGCCUUCCAGCGGCCGCGGCGUCCGUCGCACCAACCGCAACACCAUGACUCCGUCUGCCGCUCCCAGCCAAUCCAAUCUGUUCUUUUCGCCCACAGCAGCUGGUUCCAACGCUCCGGGCGCUCGCGGCUCGGCUUUCCUGCCCUCCGGAUUCUACGCUGCCGGAAACUCGUCUCCUGGCGGACAGCAAGGCCCUUCCAUUAGCUUGACCAACCUGCGACCUGAAUCGACAAGCUACCCCAACGGCUCGAGAGGCUCGCUUAUGGGCCCGUCGCCUCCCGACUCUCCUCACUUCUCCCCGCGAAGAGACAUGAGCAGCAGCUCGGUCAACCUAAACACUCGCCAGCCGGGCCAGCGGGCUCCAAGUGCCUAUCUCGAAGACUUGCUUGCCGAUGAGCCUGGCAGCCUUCCUCCGCCCCAGAUGCCGCGCGACAGAGCCAGCGGUAGCGGCAGCCCUCGAGGCAGCCCUCGAAACAGAUACUAA